CUCCCUGUUUCCUUGGCUUCCCUCCAUCUCCAUCCUCCACAGCUCUUAAACCCGUGAUCACCAGUAACCACCACAGAGUGUCGAAGUCCAAGAAGCCAACACAAGAUCAGCGAAAUGGAACUGAGGACGGCUCCCGCCUCGCCGCCGCUGAAGGACUUCCGGAUCGACAGCUCAGCCACGAGCCCGUACGCCACGGCGCCGUCCAGCCCGCACGGCCGCCUGGGCACGAGCCCGUUCGGUGCCCCUGCUGAGGGAGCGGCCAAUGGACAGUUCUCGACGGCGCCGCCGUCGCCGAACCCGUUCGACCUCCUGCCGCCGACCACCUCGCGCCUCACCGGCGACAACCCGUUCGACCUCUUCCAGCACUUCGCCAGCGCGCCCGCCAGCCCCCGACGCGCCGCCGCCAUAUACGCGCACUUCGCCGAGGGGAACGGCAGCGUCGGCGGGCGCGACGGCGAGGAGGAGGAGUUCCAGCCGCGCGGUUCGUUCGCCACGGGCGCCUGGGCCGUGCCGUUCGACUGGGAGGAGAGGCCCGGGACGCCGAAGGCGGGGCUCGGCGGCACCGCGGCGUCGGACUCGGACUUCGAGUUCGGCACGCUUGUCGACAAGACCGCGCCGGCAGAGAACCUAACGACGGCCGACGAGCUCUUUGAGAAGGGCAAAAUCCGGCCGUUGAAGCCGCAGCUCUGGACGGCUGACGAGCCCGUCGACAAGAGCAAGAUCCGGCCGCUGAAGCCGCCGCCUGGUCUGCUCGAUGGUGGAAGCGUCGUGUCGUCUCCACGGUCACCGAUGGCAAGAGCUGGCAUGUGGUCGCCACGGAGACGGGGCAGGGUCGGCUCUGGCGUGGACUUCGACCCGUUCACCGCCGCCCUGCUGGAGGCGACCAAGGCGCCCUCCCCGCUCGACGGCAAAGAAGCCAACGGCGGCGGCGCCCCAGGCUCGCCGCCCAUGAAAUCGACCGCCCGUCCCGCCUCGAGGAGCGCCGGGUGGAGAAGGUGGCGGCUCAGCGACCUCCUCCUGUUCCGGAGCUCGUCCGACGGCGGCCGCGUCAACAAGGACCCGAUCUUCAAGUGUUCGCCGGCGCAGCAGCCGGAAGCGCCCUGCAAGAAGGCGAGCGCGCAGCCCACGAUGACAGCCAAGGCCAGCGGCAAAGGCCACGACAUGGGCAAGGCCAAGAAGCAGGGCAACAGGAGCGCGGCCGCCGCGGCGGAGGGCGUCGCCGGGUGCGCCCGGCUGAGCCCGCUGCAGCGGCUGGCCAAAGGUCUCGGCGCGUACUCGUGGCACUACGGCCGGGGCAUGGCGGCGCUGGGGACCAAAGGGUGAAGAAUCCAUGGCGUUAGCAAUAUUAAUUUGCCAAUGUCGUUCAUACAAGAGGUUUUUUUUUUUUUUUUUUUUUUUUUGCAAAAUUUUGUGAAACCAUGUACAAGUACAAUUUGCUGCCAGUUCUGUUCUUGGUGUUGGUUUCUCCCUUUGUGGAGCUUGACAGUACUAUCAUGUACUACUAUUUGGGUAUAGAAGAGAUUAUACGACGACAGAUUGUUAAUUCCUACGGGCAAUGUGCCCUUGAUCA